AGCUAAAGCUUGGGAUGGUGCUUCCACGCCCUUGCCCUCAGCAUGCAGCCGCCUGCGAGCACUUAGCAGGUGGUAUAGUCUUUCUUCUAUCUGGUCUGCAUAGUACCACCGGGGCGCCCUGCGUUAUUGUUAAACGAUAAUGCAAACGAGCUACUACCCUACCCCAAUCAUGAUCUCAGCAAACGGGCAUUACCCACCUAGAAGUCCGCCACCUUACGGGCUAUCACGCAGGUCGACUCAUUCACCAAGAUCCUCUGUGGACAAGCAAUCGCAAAUUGUGGCCUCUGUUGCAGACAUUGCACCUGUUGAAUCUUCAAAACACCCGGAUUUGUGGUUUUCCGAUGGUUCGAUCGUUUUGAGAGCAGAAGAUGCCUUAUUUCGCGUGCACAAAUCUCAACUUGCCCGACACUCGGUGUUCUUCCGCGAUCUUUUCUCGUUACCACAGCCUAGUGCGGACAGUGCGACGUCUUCUCCAACCGUGGUUGCAAACAGAAAUCCCGCGCUGCAAAUAGAUACGACCAAUGAAAUUGAAGGGUGCCCUAUUCUGCGAUUGUACGAUGCAGCAGAAGACGUUGAGAAUCUCCUCACGGCACUCUAUGAUGGCCCAAACUUUGGGAAGAAUGACCCUGCCGACUUUCGCAUCGUCUCUGGGAUACUUCGGCUUGCGACCAAGUACCUUGUUGAUUCGUUGAGAACUAAAGCCCUUGCUCAUCUGAGCAGGGCUUGGCCGAAUUCACUCAAGGGAUGGGACGCUAGAGAAGACCUUGCUCGUGCUGACGAGAUGCAAAGUGGUCCUGGCAUGUCAAAUAUAUACCCUUCCCCAGCAGAUAUCAUUAUUCUCGCACGAGAAGUAAAUGCGACAAGCCUCCUGCCUUCUGCAUUCUAUGACCUAUCACGAUACCACUAUACCCAGAUUUUCGAGCAAGACAACGAAGCUGAGAAUGGCCCUUCGAUCGCACGCUUGCCAUUAUCAAAUGCGGACCUGCAAAGGUUGGCCUUAGGAAAAGAGGCAUCUCAACACGCAAUCACAACUCUCAUUCGCUCCAUGGGAUCGCAUUCCCAUCCGCAUCUUCUGGGGCAUCACGCACACUCGCAUCGCUCAUGCAGAAGAGAUUUCUCAGAGCUUGUUGCGCUGGCCACUCAGCACUAUCUCUUUGAUCGCGAGCGCGGCUGCACUGAUCCUUUGUAUGUUGCGGAGGAGCUUGGGCAGCCUCUAUAUGACUUUGGUCAGGCUUCGGGUGCUGAUGAUGCACGGUUUGGGGAGUCCCGCCGUAGUGCAGAAGUAUCUGAGUGCGAGGCGUGUGCGAGAGCGUUGGCGAUGUGGACUACGAGGGAGAGAGAAAGGAUGUGGAAGAUGAUACCGCUUUGGUUCCGACUAGACGUGUGACGUUCCGCAAUACACCCGCUGAUCGAUUCCUGUCUUCUCGUGAGGGAACGUUCAACCAAGUCAGAGAAACUUGAAGUAUCGACACAAGAACUCGUAAAUUCUAGGCUGGUAACGGAUUUUGGACGCAAGCAGAAUGAGUACUAAUGACGUGGCAUUGACGCGACAUGACCCGAAGGGAUUGAAGAU